AUGUCCCUGGCGGGGCGGCGGCGGCAGGAGGGAGAGGAGGAGGGCGAAGGGGCCGGGGCCGCGGCGGGCGGGGAGGAGGUGGUGCAGAUCCGGCUGGGGGACAAGUGCUACCCGGUGUGCAAGAGGAAGCUCAUCGAGCAGAGCGACUACUUCCGUGCGCUGUACCGCUCGGGCAUGCGGGAGGCAGGGCAAGGCCAGCAGGAGCAGCUGCUGCGCGGCGGGCUCAGCGCGCUGGGCCUGGAGCUCGUGCUGGACUUCAUCAACACCUCGUGCCUGGCCAGGCUGGAGCAGCAGGAGGAGGGCGAUGAGGAGCCUCCCUUGCUGGAGGAGCUGGUGGAGGCCGCUUCCUACCUGCAGGUCACCCCCUUGCUCCGACUGCUGCUCUCCCAGGUGAAGCUGGGCAAUUGCUUGGAGCUGCACCGCCUGGCUGAGGUCUACGGUCUCCAGGACCUACACGAUGCCUGUCUAGACUUCAUGGCUGCCCAUUACCAUCAGGUGCUGAGGAGGCCUGAUGCUCGGCCACAUCUCCUUCUGCCCCAUGCUCUCCAGCAACACUUGAAGGAGAGGCGGAUGAAGGGCACUGCCACCCUUGUGGCCAUCGGGGACUUCAUGGGUGCCUCCUCCCUGGGCCAGCCUCCUGGCUGUCACCCGCAGGUGGAAGCUCCCUGGUCAAUGCUGAGGUAUGACGAAGAAGCCCAGAGGUGGUUGCCCAUGGCCAACAACAUGCCCGCUGACCUGGUGAACGUCCGAGGCUAUGGGUCCGCGAUGCUGGACAACUACCUGUUCAUUGUCGGUGGUUACCGCAUCACCAGCCAGGAGAUCUCUGCUGCCCACUGUUACAACCCUUGCCUAAAUGAGUGGAGUCAACUGGCUUCAAUGAACCAGAAGAGGUCCAAUUUUAAGCUUUUAGCUGUAAACGGAAAGCUCUAUGCCGUCGGUGGUCAAUCUCUUUCCAAUGUGGAGUGUUACAACCCAGAAAACGACUGGUGGAAUUUCGUGGCAUCCAUGCCAAACCCUCUUGCAGAAUUCUCCGCUUGCGAGUGCAAGGGCAAGAUCUAUGUUAUUGGAGGAUACACCACACGAGACAGGAAUAUGAACAUUUUGCAGUACUGCCCCACUUCUGAUUCCUGGACCAACUUUGAACUGUGUGAUGUCCAUGUUCGAAAGCAACAGAUGCUCUCUGUUGAAGAAACAAUAUACCUAGUAGGGGGCUGUAUUCAUGAACUUGGACCAAACCAAAAAUCCAGCCAAAGUGAGGAUGUGUUAACUGUGCAGUCCUACAAUAUUGCUACCAAAGAAUGGCUCUACCUCAAAGAGAAUACGUCAAAAUCAGGCCUUAACUUGACUUGCACUCUCCAUAAUGAUGGAGUUUAUAUAAUGAGUAGGGAUAUUACAUUAUCUACAGGUUUGGAGCACCGGGUUUUUCUUAAGUACAAUAUAUUUACAGACAGUUGGGAGUCACUAAGACGUUUUCCAGCCUUUGGACAAAACAUUCUGAUCUGCUCUAUGUAUUUGCCUGAUGUGUGAGAAGUGUAACUGUGUCAGGUUUUUCUUCUCAGGUCACUAAUCAUUCUUGUAAGAAAUAUUGCUCCCUCUAAAUAAUUCCAGUUUAAUGUGGAAUGUAAUGUGGAUGCAGAAUGUAGGCAUAAAAUAUUAAUUCUGUUCUUAAAAAAUGUUGCAAAUUGAGCAUGAGAAAUGUUUCCAGAACCAUUUUUAAAAAUACAAUUUUAAAUCGUUAUUGUUUUGGAUUUAAAUGCUACCAGUCAGAAUUGCUUGCAUCCAGGUAUAAUGAUAUUGUGUUGGUAAUUCCUGAUGGAUUUCAAAAACCAAAUCUGAUCAGUCUAGUUUUAUUCUCCAUCUUAAUAGACAGUUUAGAGGAUAAAUAAGAAGUAUGAAUAGUAAAAGUGAAGAUAAUUUAAUAAAAUAAAUAAUUAUAAAUUUUAGAGAAACCACAAACAUGAAUUAUUUUAAGACACAGUUUUUACUCAAAUUGCAUCCUGUUAUAUUCACAAUAUUUAAGACUGUUUAUACUCGAACAAUAUCAUCUCUUUUACAGAAACAGGUGAGAGUUUCAGAGAUGUCAGCAUCUGGAUGCCACUGAGAAACAUGAAAUUCCCUCAAGUUAUUUGUGAUGAAAUGCUUUGGCGGGAUUUGGGAGGAUUUGCCUGGAGGUCGAAAAUUGUUGGUUGGAUAUUACCUUAUCCUUUAAUGGAAGCUGGUAGCAUUUAAUCCUGCCAUUAAGGUAGAACUAAAAAAAAAGCUGUAAAAUCAGAUGGGAAGGUUUGUGCAUCUUCAGAAAGGCUUUUUGGCUUAGUAAGUUGUCCUGCUAUAUUUUGAAGACCUGAGCGUUAAAGGUGAAGUUAGAGAAACGAGGAAACAGAUGUUGGCAUCAAGAUACAUGUUAGGAAACCAUGUGAGCCACCACUGGAGUUGCAUAGGCAAGCUCUGCACCA